CUUUUUGUCACAUCCUUCUCUCACUUGACGAUAAACCAACUGCCCAUAAAAACUUCCAUCUUCGUCAUCUUCUCUUCAUAUUCACACCAAAAAAAAACCCCUCAUCUUUGAUCCAUCUGUAUCUUUCUCUUUACACACAAAUCAUCAUCAUCAUCAUCACUUUCCAAACAUGACGUCCCAUCCACCGGGAAAAUGUUGUUACCAGGGUGUCAAGCACGAAGGUACCGCGACGGGAGAGUUUUCCACCUUGGGUGAUUUUGAAAUCUACACCAAAUAUCCCGAAAACAAGAGUACAGAAAAAGGUAUCUUGAUCAUCACCGACGUGAUCGGUCAUCGUUUCAUCAAUGCGAACCUCAUCGCGGACCAAUUCGCCGCCAACGGAUACUUUGUCAUGAUGCCUGAUUUGUUCCACAAGGAUCCCAUCCCGCUCGAUCGUCCUGGAGAUUUUGACAUCAUGAAGUGGAUGCAGGGGGAAUACAGCGAAUCCAAAACCCCACACACGCCACCGACGGUAGAUCCGAUUGUCGAUUCUUGUCUGGUCGAAAUGAGGACGAAAUAUAAUUGCAAGAAAAUCGGUGCCGUGGGAUAUUGUUUCGGCGGCAAAUACGUCGUCCGUCACCUCCGACCCGACGCCGGCAAGAUCGACGUCGGUUACACGGCCCACCCUUCGUUCGUCCAGGCCGACGAGCUCCGAGACCUCAAGGGUCCCCUGGCCAUCUCCGCCGCCGAGACCGACCACAUCUUCCCGACCGAGAAGCGGCACGAGACCGAGACCAUCCUGAAGGACCUGGGAUUCCCCUACCAGAUCAACCUGUACAGCGGGGUCGAGCACGGGUUCGCCGUCCGGGGGGACCCCAAGAACCGGGUCGCCCAGUACGCCAAGGAGAAUGCCUUCCUGCAGGCCGUGCAGUGGUUCGAGGAACACUUGUGAUUUGAUGUGGACCAUACUCGGUCCCAGGCCGGGUUCGAGUCGGGUGGUCAGGUGGAGUCGAGUCAAGAACCAAAACCUGGGGACAAAAAGGACACGCCCUGGCGACGUGUCUCUCUCCUUUUCUCUCCAGGAUGUGAUCAUGGAACCCCCAAAAACUUCUGAAUCGAACCCAUGUCAGAGCCCAAAGAACAAGACCAGGCAGACAACAAACCAAAUAGGGCAGACAGGGAAACUUGAAAUCAUUGUCGUCAGCAACGACACAUACAUACACUGUGACAUUGCGCCUCUGAUGGUAGACCAUGAUGUUCUCGAGAGACCUGAAGCCAAGGUCCAUUGAGGCUACGUAGUAGGAUCGAACGAGAUAGAGAGCGAAAGUGUCAGCAUCUUAUCACUCGAGCCGAAUCUUAG